AUGGGACUCUACCACGUGCGCUAUCUUGGUGUUCCCCUCUGCACAAAGAAGUUAACAAUAGCAAACUGUGAGGUUCUGAUACAGCAAGUCAAAUCAAAAUUCACUUCAUGGACUGUAAAGACACUGUCGUUUGCUGGGAGGCUACUCUUAAUCAAAACAAUCAUUGCGGGAUCAAUUUGGGUGGGAUGGUUCAAGGCAGAAGUUCUAAAAGGCUCCCUUUCAAAUUUCUGGACUAUGAGACCUUCCACAUCAAACUCAUGGCUUGUUAAUAAGCUUUUCAAGCUUAGAGAUGAAGUCUAUACCUGGAUAAGGAUGCAAGUAGGCAAUGGAGAAUCAUGUCGCUUCUGGUCAGAUAAUUGGUCCCCCUUUGGGAAACUUUCACAGUUUCUGCUCUCAGACCAAACUUCAGGUCUGACUGAGACGGAGGAUCGCUAUGAGUGGAUAGUCAGUGAUAAACCGUCAUCAAGAUACAGUACAAGCGAGAUAUAUCGAAAGCUGAGGGACAGGGAAGAGACAGUACCGUGGGCAUCUAUUUUGGGGAAUUUGGGUGGAGAUUUCCAGAAGAUGUCACCUGCAACCGCUGAGGAAUUGGAUCAAACUUUGCUUUCCAUGCAGACACUACAAGGGAACAAAAUGGCAAAGAAACUGACAUUGUUAUGUUGGCAAUCGACGAUAUACUGGGUAUGGCAGGAGAGGAACAAAGGUUACACAAACAAUCAAUACCGUUCACAGGAUGCGGUCAUCAAACUGAUCACCGAUCGCAUCAGCGGUUACAGGUUUGAUUCUCCGAUCAUCUCCUCUCGCUAUAUGCAGCUUUGGCUUUUGACGGCAUCGUAA